AUGGCGUGGAAUGUGUCUCAGUUCCCCAGAUGUGGCGCCAUUGUCUGUGAUGGUGCUUCCGUUUGCGGUAAUCUGGGAUUGACGUGGUUGUGCAGGGACGAGAGAGAGACUGGCGGUAACAAAGACGGGCUGUCGAAUUCUUCUGCGGUGACGAACAUGACGAAUGGUGUGGUUGCAGCAGCUUCCUGCUCUGUGAAUCUCCCCUUCUCGCUGCAGGGUAUAGGAUCCUCUCGAGGCCAACAGCUCCUCUCACCAUUCGACCUAGGACCCGAAGAUGAGCUAUCGGCAGCCCAAAGGCGUGGGAGUCUCGUCGGCCGAGUCCAAAGCUACAGCCGCAUCAUGCACUCGUACACCAUGCUCCAGAUGCAAUCGUCACCCGGAACCACCUUGCCAGGCUACCAGAAAGCUAUGUACGAGUUCACCCAGCGGCAGAUGAAGGGCCAGCGAAGUCCGUACAAGGCACGCAGCGAGACGAGCAGUCCGCACAUCGCAGCUCAACAGGCCGUGUUGCCUUGUCAUGUUGGUGCUGGCCUGGCACAGUUGUCGCUGGAUGAUGCCCCGCCGCCGCCUUGCAGUACGCCUGAGCAGAGUUUGCCGUCGAGGAGACAGAGAGGAGUGAAGCCGCGAAGUACGACGGAGCCGAUUCCACGGGAUUUCGCUGUUGGCAUCAAGGGUCGCGCUGGGGUCGCGUUCGCAACCCAAGUGCCGUCACAACGACGUACAGAGCCGCACAAUCUCCGCCAUGGUGGAGUUCCAGGAGAUCAGACCCUACAAGAUCCCGCCCGUCUUCUGGAGGCCCAAGCCAAAGCCAGAUACGCCCGACCUAAUAAUGAGUCUCCCUCCCGAGCUACGAAACCGCAUCUACCUCGAGAUCCUACCAGCGGACCAGUACUAUGGCACCGCGCCGUACUGCACCAGGACGAAGCUGCCGCUGCUGCGACUAUCGAAGCAGAUCAGGGCCGAGACCGCCUGCAUAUUUUACGGCAAUAA